AUGUUAAUUCCAAAAGAAGACAGAAAGAAGAUCCACCAAUACCUCUUCCAAGAGGGUGUCGUUGUUGCUAAAAAAGACUACAACCAACCAAAGCACGAUGAAAUUGAUACCAGAAACUUGUACGUCAUCAAGGCUUUACAAUCUUUGACUUCUAAAGGUUACGUCAAGACUCAAUUCUCAUGGCAAUACUACUACUACACCUUGACUGACGAAGGUGUUGAAUUCUUGAGAACUGAAUUGAACAUUCCAGAAGGUAUCUUGCCAUUGACUAGAUUGAAGAAUGCUCCAGCUGAAAGACCAAGACCAUCAAGAGGCGGUCCAAGAAGAGGUGGUUACAGAGGUAGAGCUAGAGACUAA